AUGGCUUCGUCGUGUUGCAAGCCGGUGCUGCGAGACCAGCAAAGUCGCUGCUGCCGGCGUUAUGCGGUGCCACCAGAUUUUGCGAAGCCACCAGAGUUGCUGCUGCCGGCGCUCCAUGGUGCUACCGAACACCCAGGCACCCCAAUCUCCCCUGCGGUCGGAUCGAUCGCGGACGCUGCUGAGACGGCGGAGAAGAAGCUCACUCUCAAGAGCUCCGACAGCAAGGUGUUCGUGGUGGAGGAGGCGGUAGCAAUGGAGUCGCAGACCAUCAAGCACGUGGUGGAGGAUGGCUGCGCCAGCAACAUCAUCCCCCUCCCCAACGUCAACGCCGAUAUCCUUGAGAUGGUCAUGAACUCGUACUGCAAGCAGCUCGUCCAGAAGUGCGGAGCCGACACCGCAGACCCAACCGUCAAGACCUCCGAGCCGGACCUCAAGACGUUUGACGAUAAGUUCGUAGACGUCGACCAGAAAAUCCUCUUCGGCCUCAUCCUCGCUGCGAACUACCUGAACAUCAAGGGGCUGCUGGACCUGACCUGUCAAAAGGUCUUUGACAUGAUGAAGGGGAGGACUGUAAAGGAGAUCCGCAAGACCUUCAACAUCAGGAACGACUUCACCAAAGAGGAAGAGCAGGAAGUUCGGAGGGAAAACCAAUGGGCCUUCGAAUGA